ACGACUCUUGCUUCUUCUGGGACAAUGCCAAAGAUCCAAGCAUUAUGUCCCUGUCCCAAGUUGGCAUCCAAUUCCCUGGGCUGCAGUUAAACUUGAAGUAUUUACACAGGGUGUCGUACCAGUCGGAAUUCGACCUGCGGACCCUGGAUCCCGAGGGAGUGAUCUUCUAUGGAGACAAAGAAAAUGGAAUAAAUUGGUUCAUGCUGGCUCUGAGGGACGGUCAUCCUGAGAUUCAGCUGGCUAGCAAGCAUUGCCUCACUGCUGUCUCAUCUGGACAAGUCCUCAAUGACGGCAAAUGGAGGAGGAUAAUGGUGCAGAGUGGGGAAAAAACCGUCAGGCUCCUGGUGGACGGGAAGCCCAGCCUGAUCCUCAGCAUCCUUCCCAACAUUGGCUUUGAGGAGAAUCAGUUCACUGUGCGCAUCACCCUGGGGAAAUCCCUCAUCAAUGAGUCUGAAUUCAUCCUCCCACUCAAGCACCGACUGGAUGCCUGCAUCACCAACUGGAACUGGCUUCAGCAGAACACGUCAUUGCUGUCUCAGAAAGUUGCCAUGAACCCCAACCUCCAGUGUCCGAUGGACAUCAUGCCUGGAACCUUCUUCCCGGGAGGGGGAGUGGUGGCGUUCCAGGCUGGUGGUUUCCAAAAUGAUUCCGAGUCUCCAGAAGACUGGUCUCUGAGGUUCGAGGCUGUCAUUCGUCCCAAAAAACAUACUGGGGUCGUGCUGGCCGUACUAUCCAAGACAUACAAUCUUCUGAUGCAGCUCGACAUUGUUCUAAAGGACAGGCAGGAGGUAUUCUGCCUAAAGCUUGGAGACACAGUGCUAUUUGAAUUGCCCGCUCCCAACAAACUAUGCAAUGGCCACAAGAUCGUCCUCAGCCUCUCUGCUGAAAUGAUCUCCCUGCAGGUGGUUGACGAACUCAGGACCCUGCAGGAAACACGUAACAGCAUUGCUACACUGAGGUCUGCCUGGAUCAAGAAGGAAGCCUUUGUGUUUCUGGGGGGAUUGCCUGCCCUGGAUACGUUAGGCCACGGAUGGUAUUACUUCCAGGGCUGUAUGCAGAAUCUGAGGAUGCAGGGGGAGCCCUUGGACAUGAACCAGGCCCUGUUUGUCCACCACGCCAUCUUGACCCACAGUUGUCCGGCUUCAAAAUAGCAGUCUGGCCUCCUCGUCUGCCCAUCCACAAUCAACCUGUCUCAGUCUCCGUGCCUCA